AUGGGCCCUACCAACAGAACCCCGAUUACUAGUAUCCGUUCAUUUGGCAUCCUCCUCCUAACUCUAGGCGUGCUUCCAUAUUCGACCUUUGGUGCUGUCCCAAAAUACAGACCGAUCGAACGAUCCUGCGGCGUCAGCGAGCCCUCGGCCGAACUAUACGAGUCUCACCGCAGGCUUCAACACAACGAACCGUUAGAUAACGACUUGUGGAAUGCGACCAGCGUACAGCAGAGACAUGCGGGAGGAGGAGCAUUUCCACACGGAGAUGAUGGGCAUCAUCAUCAUCAUCAAGGCCGUCAGGCCAGCAGUGGAAAGUCUCCACUAUACACCAUCGACACGUACAUCCACAUCGUCGCCGACACAUCAUCCUCAGUGUCAUCAUCACCCAAUUAUGUGUCCGACACCAUGAUCAGCAACCAAUUCCGCUAUUUGUCGGCAGCCUACGUCAACGCAUCCAUCGGCUUUCGUCUCAUGGGAAUCACCCGCACGACGAACGACACAUGGGCAUCCAACGGCGACGACGGGGCCAUGAAACGCUCACUUCGACAAGGGACAUAUAGUUCUCUGAACAUUUAUUAUCAGUCACUAUUGCAGGCCGGACCAAAUACGCCGGGAAUACCUGCUGGCUCGACGCUUCUGGGGUUUUGUUCCCUCCCUGCGGCGGGGGUAGGUACGGCUACGCCGAGGGAGCUGUAUGUGGCUGAUGGAUGUAAUGUUUUGUCGGGGACGAUGCCCGGAGGGAAUGUUGCCGGGUAUAAUUUGGGUGGGACGACGGCGCAUGAGGUCGGACAUUGGAAUGGGCUCCUGCAUACUUUUAAUGGGAAUAGUUGCGACAGUGCGGAUUAUGGCGAUUAUGUGGCGGAUACGCCGCAGGAGAUGACGAGUACGAACAGAUGUCCCGUCUACAAAGAUAGCUGUCCACUCUCCGGCGUCCCUCCAGGCAGUUAUACCGGAGGCGGUGGAGGCGGAGCGACGGCCCAAACAAAUCCGUACGGUCCCCAGGGGUAUAGUGGACCAGAUCCGAUCCACAAUUUCAUGGACUACAGCAGUGAUGAAUGUUAUCAGGGGUUCACGCCGGGUCAGGGGGCGAGGAUGUUGAAUAUUUGGCAGAUUUAUCGGGAGGGGUUGUGA